UCAUUGUUUGAUCGUUUUCUCGAGAGCAUGCAGUGCGGCCCCGUCCGCUUCUAGCAUUUGUUUUUUUUUCUUUGUUUUCCAUCCAUUGAGGAGAAAACUCGUUCCGAAAUUGACGUGUGGAAAGAUGAACUAUGCGGUGAUUGCGGGAAGGGCGUGAGUGGCAGGACCGCUUUGGUAGAUGCGGGGAGGAAGAGGAAGAUGAGGGAGAGGAGGAGGGAGAGGAAGAAGGGGAGUGCUGAUGAGGUGGGCAUCGGAGGAGCGUCGACGCCAAAUUCGCAGUAAAUGAGCCACUGUCAUGAUCACAACAGAUCUUUAAUCGCGGCGUCAUGCGACGGAAGGUGGUGGUCAUUGGGGUCGUAGUGAUGGUGUGCUGCCAGGUCGAUCCACUCCCAGGCGUUAUUUUUUUGCCAUUCUCAUGGCAUGACGAGGAGGAGGGAGGAGGAGGAGUGGGGGAAGUGGGUUUCGUUUGAAAUUGGUGGCAGGUGCGCGGUGAACAUCGUUCGCAGUUCAAUGCGGCGUGCUGAGAGCGUCGAGGAGUUAGCCCACCCCCAGCGUCGUUGAUAACCAUGCUUUGUAGUAGUAGUAGAGAUAUUUGCUUGCUUGUUUGCUGGAGGAUGCGUUGAUGAAGCAGGGCAGAAGCAAAGCGAACCAAUCCCCCGGGGGAGGGGUUUUGAAGAAUAGUGGCGUUUCUGUGACGUGACUUCUGCCGAAACCCGGAUGGCGAUCCGUUCUGCCUUCUAUCAUUAUAGCGGUGGGAACUGGUGAGUAGUGGUGAUGACGUGAUGGAUUUUUUGUUGUUGGAUUUGUGAGACUUUAAACCCAAGGGGAUGGUGGAGAUCCGCCGAUUGUGGCGUGUGAAGGUUUUGAGAGAUUAUUGGUUCUUUGGUUGUGUGAUUUCGAGGGUACAGUGACAGUGUUGAGGAUUCUUGGAUUGGAAAGACGCUCGUGGCCGAAGUACAUGCGCUUUUGUCACGGAGAUCGGAUCGCGAGGCAUUCGGGACAGUACUGAGGAGGUUGUAGAAAAACUAAAUUCAAACAUUAUGGUGUUGUCAGAGAAGGGCUUUCGUGAGGAAUUGGCGGCAUGGAGGAUCACUGGCUGCAUGAUUUUCAUGUGAAUGCUGGGCUUCGUUCGAAGUUGCUUUUUGAAAGUGGAAAUAUGUUUUGAUGAUUGCCGAUAAAUGUUGCGGAUCGAGGUUCUGCAGUGGGUGUCCAGGAGUAUCACUUAAGGUGUUGGAUUUUCAAUUAAUCUUGGAGGUGGUUGUUGCGGCGUGGAGGAUCACCUCUGGAAUCCUUUUGUUUUGUACAUCGUUGACGGCCAUCAUCGAUUGAUUGCAAUGACUUUGGGGGAUGGAUGUAGUGUUACGCAACGUUAAGGCUUUAUGCUAAAACUCGAUCGUGGCUGCGUGACACGCUUUGUUUCUUUGUUGGAGUGAUGCGUUUUUCUUUAUUAUCGAAGAUUUAGCCCAGUCGAGACCGCACUUUUAUUCGGUUUCUGGAGGAUUGGGGGCUUAUAAACUCACGAAGAUUAUUCCCUGAUGAAGAUCUCUCUUGCUGGGGUUCCAAAUUUUUGGUAGGAUUUACGGCUGGGCCAAUUUGCAUUAGGUUUAGCUGAUGGAGACCUUAUUGUGAGCCAUGAGUUCGUCUCGGCUUACUUGCUUCAUUUUCCCUCGAAUUUUGCUUACCAAAGUGUUCACUGUGGUCUAAGACGGACUUGCAUCCUGUGAUCCGCGUAACCGAGCUGAGACUAUGUGUAGCCUACGUGGACUAGCCCGCGGUUGAAUAGGAUUUUAACGACUCCGAUCUAGCCCAUCGCACACGAAGUAUGCACUUUGUUGAAUGGGUAUGAGUUUGAAAGGAGCCACAUAGCGAACAUUUUCAAGUAGUAAUUUUAAAUUCCGUAAGAUGAGGAAGAAGGUUAGAAAGAAAACCCCUCUUCCUGAGAUACAGGAGGAAGGACUUCUGACACCUCUUCGCAGAGGGCAAUCUGCAUACCUUCAACAAACUUGUCCAGAUUUUAGAAGAUUCCCUGACUUGGAGUAUGGACCUCAAAGCGAGUCUUCUCUCACCUCACAUGUGGAGAUGGCGGCUGCUCUGGUUGACCAGGCGAUGAUGGGGAGGUGGAUGCCAUUGGCUGUGGUAUAUCACAAGGAUUAUGAAAGUGCUAAAAGUGCUUUUCUGCUCUAUCACCAAUUAUCCUUUGUUAGAGGCCUAGUCUAUUUUCUGUUGAUGGUCCUGCCGUUUUUUGAGAUUCCAGCAUGGUGUGAUGGUGAUCUUCCACAUCCCUGUGGAGACUCAAAAAAGUAUCCUCUCAGUGGGUUACCUUAUGUUCGUUCGUGGACAUCCGUGACUAUUCAGGUGUUGUGUGUACUGGUACUAGUCUGGUCCGUUUGCUUACAAUGGUAUUUUCUGAGGGCGCAAUUUUGGAUCGGUCGGGUGGGAGUCUACAAGGUGAUAGUUUUGGGUUUAAUGAUAAUUUCUACCCUUACAUCGUCUAUUGGACUAUCUGAAUUGCGUGGAAUCAACAUAUCCAUGUAUAUUCGGCUAUUAGUUCCCGUCGUCUUUAGCAGGGCUAUACGAGGUUGCUUCCGGAUGACGGUGCGGAUCAUACACACCUUCAUGGACAUAGCGGUGUUAGUGGGUACAUUUGUGUUACUCUCAGCGUGGGUGGCAACAGCAUUAUUCUCAGACACAUCUGUUGAUUUCAAAGAUUUCAGCACGUCGCUGCUGAGCCUUUUUGUGUUGCUAACAACAGCAAACAAUCCGGUCGUUUGGGCCUCAACUUAUAAUGCCAAUCGCUUGGCAUUCUUUUUCUUUUUCUUCUAUAUGGUUGUGGGGCUUUACUUCUUGAUGAACUUGGCGUUCUCCGUGAUUUACAGCAGUUACAAAGCGCAGAUGGCUGUUGAGGUUGCCAAGCGUAUAACAGCACGACAAGGAAAUUUGAGGGCCGCCUUCAGUUUAUUAGACACACGUCAUCAGGAAUGGAUCGAUGGUGCAACCAUGAUCGCACUUUUCCUUGCCAUUGGUCGCUACAGGCACAUACCUGAUGUUCGAGCUCGAGCCAGCCGGCUUUUCCUUGCUCUCAACAAACGAGGAGAUUUCAAGAUCUGGUCUGAUGAAUUUGAGGAACUCUGCGAUGUCAUUGCAAAAGAGGUGGAACGGCAGCCAGAUAUGGCACGUCUGAAGAGGCGCCGCAGUAACUCUGAUAUGCACUUCGUCAAACACCCAUUCUACAACUACGUCAUCUGGGCUUUGACCUUGUCCUCUCUAUCAAUUGCUAUUGCUGCACUAAACGUUGGCGGAGCAGUGCAGAUGUUGCUGAUCAAUCUCGAGUUCUUAUUCGGCUGGAUUUUUGUUAUGGACGGAGUGCUGAAGAUCUGUGUACAAGGUUGGAAGUCUUAUUGGCGCACACGUGUGAACCGUUUCGAUUUUGUCGUCACGCUACUAAUUGUGGCUGUUCAAGCGGCAUCCUUCUAUAACGAUGAUGCUCGACACUGGGUAUCUUACUUGACAAUCGCCCGUUGCUUCCGAAUUCUUGCGCUUGUCACCAUGAUCUCUCGCUGGCGGCUGAUGGGUGAAACAUUGGUUCACGUCAUACCGGCAACUGCUCCGAUACUGGCGCUUCAGUUUCUCGUCUGCUCUCUCUUUGCCUUGCUGGGAAUGCAUCUAUUCGGCGGACUCAUUUACAAGGAUAACCCUGCUUUGGUGGGCACAGAGUAUGCACAACACCAAUUUUAUGCAUUCAAUUUCAACGACUAUCCUUCGGCGAUGGCCACGUGCUUCAACUUAUGUGUGGUGAACAAAUGGUAUGUCUUCAUGGACGCGUAUGCUGCAGUUACUGGAACUCGGUGGAGUCGCACGUACUUCAUAGCUUUCUGGGCCAUUGCAGUCGCUUUCACUCUCAACGUUGUUGUUGCUUUCUUUGCGGAGGCUUUCACAAGCCAAAUGGAGAAAGCUGAGAAGCUCAAGGCUCGAGAUAAGAGAAGCGCAGAGCAGGAUUUGUUGCCUCGCGGUGGGGCUUUGUUGCGGAAGAAGUCUGGUGGUGGUGCAGGUGCCUUGCCACGCCGAGCAGCGAAGUCCCUGUCAUACUAUGAUCUGUAUGAAGAUAUUGUUCAGAAAACCUGAAUGUCUCUCAUAAUGUUCCUAUGAUAGGAUUGAUUAUAACUAGCAAAAUUAUGUUAGUCUUCACAAUUUGUAGGUACUUAGAAGUAGGAUAUGAAUGCCAAUUAUCAUAACCUCAUUUAGCAGCCAACAGCUGCUUGUGGCGUUCGACUUGAGAGGGCUGCCCUUGUCAACAGGGCGUAUGGAUGUGAGGGUGGCCAAAUAGUGCGACUUGUACUGAGAGCUCUUUUCUAUUAUUCUUGCGUUGGGCCCUGAAUCCCUCACUGAUAUCAAACCAUUUAGUGUUUAUCUUAUAAACCUGCGAAUUGCCGUAGACAUUAUGUGUUUACGACCAACUCAA